UAAAGUCAUUGAUCCCAUGGCAAGGUUUUGGAUGUUUUCACAGAGCUGAAUUUUUCGAAAUUAUUUCUGUUUAGUUUUGUGUUUAGUAGGUAUCAAGUACAGUAUCUAGAUACUGAAGGAGUAAGCAAUGUCCAGAUUAUAAAGAUUUCCAGCCAGUUCUCGCCUCAGGAUCCUUAUACAAAUUAUCUGAAGCUUGCUGUUAUUGUAUUAUUGACCUUCAAGUCUCAGCUCAGAUGUCAUCUCAGAGUCCUCUUCACCUCUAAGAUAACCCUACUAUCUUCCCUGUAACUCUGCAGUUACUCUAAGACAACAGUGCCAUUUCCUUCAUAACAGAAUCAGUGUCUGAAAUUUCCUUUACUGUUUGGGCUUGUUUCUCACACAGUCCACACCUCCCCCAAAGAAGUCUGCAAGCUCAAUAAAGAGCAGGACCUUGUCUUGCUCAGCAGUAUAUCCUCGAGCUUGCCUGGGUCACAGAAAGCACUCGAUAAAAUACAGAAUUACCAAACACGUUUGUACCCUUGGACUUGGCAAUGCCACUUGUGGGAAUUUGUCCUGAGGAAAUAAAAUGAAUAUAACUGAAAUGCCCAACAAUAGGAAAUUGGUUAUAAAUGUUCCUUUUUUUUUUUUUAAAGAUUGGCACCUGAGCUAACAAUUGUUGCCAACCUUUUUUUUCCCCUGCUUUUUCUUCCCCAAAUCCCCCAGUACAUAGUUGUAUAUUCUAGUUAUGAUAUGUGGGAUAUGUGGGAUAGUUGGGAUAUGUGGGAUGCUGCCUCAGCAUGGCCUGAUGAACAGUGCCAUGUCCUCACCCAGGAUCCGAACCGGUGAAAGCCUGGGAUGCUGAAGCGGAGCGCGCGAACUUAACCACUCAGCCACAGGCCCAGCCCCUAUAAAUGUUCUUAUAUCCAUAAAAUUGGAUCCAACAACAUGAUGUAGGUGAACAUUUAUUAUGCUGGCCAAAUGUUUACUGCGUAUAAUUGAACAAGAAUGGAAAAUGAUGAUACUGCAGUUCAGUAUGCAAUUGGUCGUUCAGAUACAGUUGCCCCUGGCACAGGAAUUGACCUGGAAUUUGAUGCAGAUGUCCAGACCAUGUCCCCAGAGGCUUCAGAGUAUGAAACAUGCUAUGUCACAUCCCAUAAAGGACCCUGCCGGGUAGCUACCUAUAGUAGAGAUGGACAGUUAAUAGCUACUGGAUCUGCUGAUGCUUCCAUAAAGAUACUUGACACAGAAAGAAUGUUGGCCAAAAGCGCCAUGCCCAUUGAGGUCAUGAUGAAUGAGACUGCACAACAGAAUAUGGAAAACCACCCAGUGAUUCGAACUCUUUAUGACCAUGUGGAUGAAGUCACGUGUCUUGCUUUCCAUCCAACAGAACAGAUCCUUGCCUCUGGUUCAAGGGAUUAUACUCUUAAAUUAUUUGAUUAUUCCAAACCAUCUGCAAAAAGAGCCUUCAAAUACAUCCAGGAAGCUGAAAUGUUACGCUCCAUUUCUUUUCAUCCUUCUGGAGACUUUAUACUUGUUGGGACUCAGCAUCCUACUCUUCGGCUUUAUGAUAUCAACACAUUUCAAUGUUUUGUCUCUUGUAAUCCUCAAGAUCAACACACCGAUGCUAUAUGUUCUGUCAAUUACAAUCCUAGUGCCAAUAUGUAUGUAACUGGUAGCAAGGACGGCUGCAUCAAAUUAUGGGACGGUGUUUCAAAUCGAUGCAUCACAACUUUUGAGAAAGCACAUGACGGUGCUGAAGUCUGUUCUGCCAUUUUUUCCAAAAAUUCUAAAUACAUUCUCUCAAGUGGAAAAGACUCUGUAGCUAAACUUUGGGAAAUUUCAACAGGACGCACGCUGGUCCGGUACACAGGCGCUGGCUUGAGCGGGCGGCAGGUGCACCGGACGCAGGCUGUCUUCAACCACACGGAGGACUACGUGCUGCUGCCUGAUGAGAGGACCAUCAGUCUCUGCUGCUGGGACUCGCGGACCGCCGAGCGCCGCAACCUGCUCUCCCUGGGCCACAACAACAUUGUGCGCUGCAUCGUGCACUCGCCCACGAACCCCGGCUUCAUGACAUGCAGCGACGACUUCAGGGCACGGUUUUGGUACCGGAGAUCAACCACGGACUAGAGCCACCUGGACUGAAUAGGGUUCUUUUCUCGAGGGCCCGUUCCUCCUCCCCCGUGCCCCUCACCAGCUCCAGUAGUAAGUCAUUGUGCCAGCUUUGGCGGCGUGCUGCCACCUCUACACCCUUCUCGGAUUUGUACAAAAGAAUCUUUUUUUACCUUGAUGUAGAAUCAUGGUGGAAAAAGUGGAAACGCAGAUCUGUGUGGUUGUUCUGCAUUCACUGAUUAUUACAGUGUGAUUUUCAUCGGUUUUGUAAAUACGGGACUUGCCGUUUCUCUUGACUCUGGAUCAUUUGGAGAAGGAUAGAGUAUUAAAGUGCUUUUCUAGAUCUCGUGUGGGUCUGUCACGAGGAAUUCUCAUCUGGUUAUUCUGUCAACUUCUGUGUCUAUUCUGCGUCUUUGGUUUUUUCCUUUCAGAAUACACUUUAGCAGAUAAGUAGUCGUGCAGCUCUGAGAAUCAAGAGUUUGUGCCAUAUUAAAACCAUUUGAGAGAAUUUAUCGGUUCUCUCCUAAAGGGACAUCAUUCUGAUAAUAAAGCUCAGAUCUGCAACUUUAGUGUCACAUAUUUUUCACUUCAAUAAAAUUAAUGGCCGGUUUUUCCUGA